GGCGUGCACCCAGUGCCACCUUCUGCAUGUGGCAUGGGAGUGUAGGGAGAGCCCGGCGGCCACUGCUUCACUGCCACCGAGAGGGACUCCCACCCACUGUGGACACAGACACAGGCGCAGAGGGAGUGCAGUGGUGUGGGUGCCAUCACAUCUCUGUAGCAAGGAGGGACCUGACAGGCAGAAGAGGAGAAAGCAACGCUUUGAGGCCAGCAAGUGGCAGGGGCAAGCACUGAGCAACUCCAGCUGCUCCUACAGCCCCCAUGCCUCUGCUCUUCCUCUGCAGCGUCUGAAGGCUGUGAUCAGCAUGAAGGACUAUUACACAGUCUCAAUGCCCCGGUACAGUCGGUACGCCCAGAGACUGAGAGCCUCACGCACUGUGCACUUCCCCAAUGACAUCGUCUUUCAGGACCACAUCAGGCAGGGGGACCUGGAGCAGGUGGGCAGAUUCAUACGUGCCAGGAAGGUGACACUGGAUACCAUCUACCCUUCUGGCAUGGCAGCCCUCCAUGAAGCUGUGCUUACUGGAAACUUGGACUGUGUCAAGCUCCUGGUUAAAUACGGUGCUGACAUCCACCAAAAAGAUGAGAAUGGCUGGACACCCCUGCACAUGGCCUGCAGUGACGGCUAUGCUGACAUAGCCAGGUAUCUCAUCUCCCUUGGGGCCAGCCUGGAGGCUACUACUGAUGCUGGGGAGAAGCCUUCAGACCUCAUCGACCCUGAGUACAAGGACCUGUUGGAGCUCUUCCAAGCCACCACGAUGGACUGAGGCGGGGCACGACGAGGAGCGGGUCUCGAGGGCCUCAACGGGCCGGGGCAGCAGGGCUGCACCGGGCCUGAGCGCCAGGCCUGGGCUGGGCCUGGGCCGGCGGCCGGGCGGGGACUCGCUCGGCACAGCGCCUCGGGAACCACUUUGUACUUGUCCAUUAAAGGAUCUGGGACACCG